AUGACUAAGGCUCCGACGGCAACCAGAUCGAGAGUAGAGGGACGUGUAUUCACUACUUCUGCAUCAGAGGCAGCUCAGGCGACGGAUCUCGUUCAGGGGACAGCGGUAGUGGCAGGGUUAGAUGUAAUCCUGGGUAUGAAUUGCCUAACUGCCAAUCGUGUGCUAAUUGAUUGUGGCCAGAGAUGUUUAGUCUUUCCUGAACAGCAAGGCUGUGUGGAAUUAAUUUCUACUCGCCAAGUAGAAACAUCCUUAGGUGAGGGAGUAUGUUGUUUUGUUUUGUUGGGAGUUAUGAAUGCAGAAGUGGAGCAAAGCCUUCAGUCAAUACCAAUAGUACGAGAGUUCCCUGAGAUUUUUCCAGAGGAUAUUCCUAGAAUACCUCCACGUAGAGAGGUGGAGUUUUCUAUAGAUUUGAUUCCUGGAGCUGAGCCAGUGUCUGUAGCACCUUACAGAAUGGCGCCGAAAGAGUUGAUGGAGCUUAAGAAGCAGAUCGAGGAUCUAAUGCGGAAACAGAUGAUUAGGCCGAGUGUAUCACCUUGGGGAGCACCAAAAUGCACACCGCAGGUGGGAAGGAAGCUGUUUCAACUCUAG